GACUUUGUCCCAUUGUACCAAGACUUCGAAAAUUUCUACAACAGAAACCUCUACAUGCGUAUUCGGGACAGCUGGAACCGUCCCAUCUGCAGUGUGCCAGGGGCCAAAAUGGACAUGAUGGAGAGAGUUUCCCAUGACUAUAACUGGACAUUCACGUACACAGGGAAAGUGAUAAAGGACGUUAUUAAUAUGGGUUCCUACAACUACCUUGGAUUUGCACAGAAUGUUGGGCCUUGCAAAGAAGCAGCAGCUAAAAUUCUGUCCCAGUAUGGAGUUGGGGUGUGCAGUACUAGGCAAGAGAUGGGAAACUUGGAAAAACAUGAGGAACUGGAAAGGCUAGUUGCCAGGUUCCUAGGUGUGGAAUCUGCAAUGGCGUAUGGAAUGGGGUUUGCAACCAACUCUAUGAACAUUCCCCUUCUAAUUCAGGGCUGUCUGAUUUUGAGUGAUGAACUGAAUCAUGCAUCACUAGUGCUCGGAGCAAGACUGUCAGGAGCAACUAUUCGAAUCUUUAAGCACAACAAUAUGCAAAACCUGGAGAAGCUGCUCAAAGAUGCAAUUGUGCAUGGGCAACCUCGUACACGGAGGCCCUGGAAAAAAAUUCUUAUCUUGGUGGAAGGAGUAUUCAGUAUGGAGGGAUCCAUAGUCCGUUUGCCUGAAGUGAUUGCCCUUAAGAAGAAAUACAAAUCCUAUCUGUACCUUGAUGAGGCUCAUAGUAUCGGUGCCCUGGGUCCUGGUGGCCGGGGUGUAGUGGAGUAUUUUGGACUCAGCCCUGAAGAUGUGGAUGUUAUGAUGGGAACAUUUACCAAAAGCUUUGGAGCUUCUGGAGGAUACAUUGCGGGCAAGAAGGAACUGAUUGAUUACCUCAGGACAUACUCUCACAGUGCGGUGUAUGCAACGUCACUAUCACCUCCUGUUGUGGAGCAGAUAAUCACCUCCAUGAAGUGCAUUAUGGGUGAAGACGGUACAACUGUUGGUGAGUCUUUCUAA